GCCCGGGCCCUGGCUCCGGACCCGGCUUUGCGUCUCCCUCUGCGGGAGGGGUUUCCUGGGUGCCGGGGUUGAGUCAGCCUUACCGUCCCGGCCCGCUGCUCCUCUUGCUGCUGCUGCUGCUGCCGCCGCUAAACGCUCUCCCCGCCUUCGGCCAGGGAGGAGCCGGGCGCUGCCCCUGCCCCGACCGGGCACGGCCCCCAGCUGAUCACCUGGGGCCCCACAGAGACCCCCGCCGGCGGGCCAGCCUCACCCGGCCAGCUCCCCGCGCGGCGCCCGCCCCCUCGGCCCCGCCGUCAUGGCGGAGGACCUGGGGGCCGAGGUGCUGCUGGACCUGAGCUUCCUGACGGAGGAGGAGCACGAGGCCAUCGCCGCCGUGCUCAUCAGGGAUGCCCGGCUGCGGCUGCUGGAGGAGGGGAGGGUCAGCAAGCUGCGGGAGUCCCUGUCCGACCCGGAGCAGCUGAAGACCCUGACGGGAGACUGGUUCCACGAUGCCCGCUCCAAGCGGCACCGCCACGCCCACCUGGGCUCCGACCUCGUCCGCGCCUCCAUCCGCAGGAAGAAGAAGUCGAAGGGCGACCAGGAGCACCAGGGUGGCCAGAGCGAAGACCAGGAGGACACUGGGGAGAGAGAGAGAGCGCCUUCGGGGGCGGAGCCCGAAGCCAGGUGCCCGGUAGAGGAUGACCUCCAGGAGCAGCCGCUCCCUGAAGACCCCGAUACAGAGCCGGCCGAGGAGCCCGGAUCCCCGGCAGCAGGGGGUCCGGAGGUCCUCGAGGAAAGGUCCGGGGAGCCGGAGCCGGAGUCCGAUCCUGAUCCCCAGCGCGAUCCAGUCCGGGAUGGAGGUGCGACCGAGCGGCCGGUGUCGCCCCCGGCCCAGAGCGUCCGGGCGCUGGAGAACGGGCAGGAGGAGACGCCGAGCUCCCCCGAGGGCGGGACCGGCGACCCCGGGUCCCCCCUCUCCAAGAUGCUCAGCAGCAGCUCAUCCGUGUCCAGCCUCAGCUCGUCCACGCUGAGCGGCAGCCUGCUGAGCCUGUACAGCGAGGCCGAGCUCAGCUCGGGGCCUGUGCGUGGGGCCAUCCAGGUGUGUCUGCUCUACGAGCCGGCCCGGCGAGAGCUGCAGGUCACGGUCAUCCAGUGCCGGGGCCUGGCCGAGGCCAAGAAACGACGUUCGGACCCGUACGUGAAAAGCUACCUUCUCCCGGACAAGUCCGGCCGGAGUAAGCGCAAGACGGCGGUGAAGAAGCGCAGCCUGAACCCGGUCUACAACGAGACCUUCAAGUACCCGAUGGAGCGGAGCGAGCUGCCAGGCCGAGUGCUGAGCCUGUCCGUGUGGCAUCACGACAGCCUGGCACGGAACCUCUUCCUGGGGGAGGCCGAGAUCCCGCUGGACACGUGGGACUGGGACAGCGUCGAGCCCGCCUGGCUCAAUCUGCAGGCCCGGACCCCGGGAGGCCCGGAUGCCCUCCCGACGCGAGGCCUGCUCGCCCUGGCCCUCAAGUUCAUCCCAGCUGGGUACGAAGGCGCCGGGCUGCCGCCUAGCGGGGAGCUGCAUUUCUGGGUCAAAGACGCGCAGAAUCUCAUCCCGCUCCGCUCGGGGCCGCUCGACUCCUACGUGCAAUGCUUCGUGCUGCCCGACGACAGCCGUGCCAGCCGGCAGAAGACACGCGUGGUGAAGCGGAGCCUCAGCCCCGUGUUCAACCACACGAUGGUAUACGACGGCUUCCGGGCGGACGACCUGCGCCAGGCCUGCGCCGAGCUCACGCUGUGGGACCGUGACACCUUCACCAACCGCCAACUGGGGGGCACCCGCCUCAGCCUGGGCACCGGCAGCAGCUACGGGCUGCAGGUGACCUGGAUGGACUCCACCCCUGAAGAGCAGCAGCUGUGGAAGAAGCUCCUGGCCCAGCCUGGCGAGUGGGUGGAAGGCAUCCUGCCCCUCAGGACCAACCUCACCCCCCGCGCCUAGCUGCCCCGCCCCAAACGCCAACUCCCGCCCGCUCCCCUGCCAGGCUGUGCCCCCGGCCUCCAGGCAGGGCCCUCCUCCCUACCAGGCCCAGGAAACAAGUGCCCGGGCCGGAGGGGUCCCCGGAGGGGUGGGCGGGAGCAAUAAAAUCUAUAACAGUG